UGUGAAUGGCAAUUCAUUUGGAUAUCUGGAAAUUGCGUUUUGCAUUUGCCGGCGUCUUUAUUUUUGUUACAUCUUAAGCAUGACAUUAGAAAUACUGAAGCAAGGCGCUGAAGGUCGUCUGUACAUUGGCGAGUUCAAAGGUGAAUCGUGUCUGAUAAAGGAGCGUUUUGUUAAAAAAUAUCGUCAUCCAGACUUGGACACACAAAUAACGCGGCAACGCAUGAAGGCCGAAGUGAAGGCAGCUGGCCGUUGCCUGGCUGCUGGCAUCCUUGCACCGCGCAUUCUUCACUCCGACUUAAACACGCACAAACUAUAUAUGGAGUACUUUGGCAAAGCGCAGACAGCAAAACAUUUCAUACAGAAAACAGUCGCCGAGUCGGAUGCAGAUGAGGCGAAGCAGUUGUUGGAAGUGCUGUGCACACGGAUCGGAAGCAUCAUUGGCAAAAUGCAUGCCAACAAUAUAAUACAUGGAGACCUGACAACAUCAAAUAUUUUAAUCAAUCCAAAUUUGACUGACUAUGAUGUUAUAUUCAUCGAUUUUGGAUUAAGUCACUAUAAUCAGGCAACAGAAGAUAAGGGUGUGGAUCUAUAUGUAUUGGAACGAGCUCUCUUGAGCACACACAGUGAGCAACCUUAUCUAUUUGAGCAUAUCCUGGCAGCAUAUCGACAGGAGUGCGGCAAGGAAGAGGAAGCCGUAUUGGCAAAGUUUGAGGAAGUGCGUGCCCGGGGACGCAAACGCACAAUGAUUGGUUAACAUCAUCUAUAUUUAACGAAUACUUAAUUA